GUCUUAAGAGGACGAUGCCUUGGAGGACCGGAGUUUUUCUUUUGAUGUUGCUUAACGCAUCUGCAAAUGAGCUGGACCAGAACGAGUCCUAUUCACCCAGGAGAACACGCUUCUCGUCCAAUAGCCCUUCCGACGUGGCGCGGUGCCUCAGCGGCGCCCUUCAGGUGGGCUGCGGGGCCUUCGCCUGCCUGGAGAACUCCACCUGCGACACGGACGGCAUGCACCACAUCUGCAGGGCCUUCCUGUACAGCGCCGCCAAGCUCGACACGCAGGGUAAAGCCUUUGUGAAGGAGAGUCUGAAGUGCAUUGCUAACGGCAUCACCUCCAAGGCCUUCUCCACCCUCCGCCGCUGCUCCACCUUCCAGAGGAUGAUCUCGGAGGUGCAGGAGGAGUGCUACAGCAAGCUGGACCUGUGCACCGUGGCCCGCACCAACCCUGACGCCAUCGGAGAGGUGGCCCAGCUGCCCAGCCAUUUCCCCAACAGGUACUAUGGCCGGCUGCUCCAGAGCCUGAUGGAGUGUGACGAGGACACGGUGGGCCGUGUGCGGGCCAGCAUGGUGUCCCGGCUGGGCCCAGAGAUGACCCUGCUGGUGCAGCUGCUGCAGAGCAAGGCCUGCCCGUCCACCAGCGCCGCCACCGCCUCCGUCUCCGUCUCCGCCGCCGCUGUGCCCACCGGGGUGGAGGGCCGCGGGGGCUGGCUCUGGGCCCAGGGGCCCCACAUGUAUAAGGCGCCCCCCAGCCUGCGGAGCAGGGAUUCCGGCGCCGGGCACAUCGGGAAGAAGCGCUCGGUCACCGACGGCUCCUAACCGCGUCCCCCUCGCCGCGCCGGGAGAACGCCUCCGAUGAAGAGUCAGAUCACGACGAAAAGCACAGACGACCGACUUCAUCCCCCUCCCGCUGGACCGGACGUCAAAAGAAAUAUGUACCUCUACGAAACUCACCUUAAGCUGUUCAAGUCGAUAUGGAAGUUAGAUUGUUGUUGUAUGUUAUCUAUCCUUUACGCUUUAGGCGCCAUUGACUGUUCGCUACAACCUUUUCAACGCCGCCAUUAUGGAUCCUGUGGCUGUUUUUACGUCUAGCAAAACAGUCCUGUUUCCUGUUCCUCCCCUCCCGGCCGCUCAGAGAGAAACCCCAGCAGAGGUCUCGUGGGACUAAGCACAAAGCAGCCCUACUGGUUCACACCUCUACUGCACCAUGGGUCCAUGGUUUGAAAAGCACACACAUACACACACACACACACACACAGAGACCAUGCCAUCAUGCGUCUGUUCAUCCAGAAAAGUGUGUCCCAGAAGAGCAUUGUGUCCGUGUUUUGGAUGUUUCUGAUGAACCACCAAAUAGUGUGCAUGUGCUCUGGAAAAUGAGCUUCAUCUUCUGCCAUCUCGCCUCGUAUCCUCGGCACUAAGUCCUCCCCGACAGCUCCAACCCUCUGGGGACAUCGCUCUGAGGAGGGAGGUUGGUAGUGAUGGAGUGGGGUGUGGGGGUUCACCAUAAUCGAUGAAAGGUUACCUUAAAAACUGACCAAAUAACCGACCAACUGCCCUAAAUACUAUUCCUGAGAUACCAAAAUAGUGUAGAGCCAUCGCACAACAGUUCUUGUUUUCUGAGGGCCGGAUGAACUCCAUGAUCCUUGAGGGAAACACAUCUCAGAUCUUUCUUCAAGGACAUGGACUGCCAUCUCUCCUUCAGAAAAAAGCUGUCUUGCAUGUGUCGCCUCCAGACCCUGCAGACUGCAGAAGACUGCAGCGCUCUACGCUACACAAGGGACCAUGUUGCUGGAUCCUGUAACUGGUUUGAUGAUGAGGGUGUCCGUCCUACACACUGUUCUCCAGUGGGGGAAAACGAUGAGAAUGACUAUUUAAAAGCCUUGUUGGAAUGAUAUUGAUAUUUAUUUUCCUACAAUAUUAUUUAAUAUUUUUUGGGUUUCUUUUGUGGCAUUAUAGUUAUUUUUUUAUUUUUACUUAUUUCAAUGAUAGACAUUUAAAGAUGCAGUUAUAUCACAGCUCCAUGUGAGGACAUGAGCUCCAUGUUAAAGAGGUUAGUGGACACUAAGUUGUGGCUGAACAGGACGUGCGUCAUGACUCUGUGCUGGACAUAGGGCGUCAGGUUGGCCAUUCAUGUCAGUUAUCUCCAUAAGU